AUGGCACCAGCGAAGACUCUCACAUAUCUAGCUCAGAAAAGCACCCUAGAUUCCACUUUCAUUCGAGACAAAGACCAGCGUCCCAAAGUUGCUUACAAUCAAUUCAGCAAUGAGAUCCCAGUCAUUUCUGUCGCCGGAAUCGACGACGUCGAUGGACUAAGAACACAGAUUUGCGACAAGAUCGUAGAAGCUUGCGAGAACUGGGGUAUCUUCCAGGUUGUUGACCAUGGUGUGGAUUCAAACCUCAUUUCUGAGAUGACUCGCUUUGCCAAAAUGUUCUUCGAUUUGUCACCAGAAGAGAAGCUUCAGUUUGACAUGUCCGGUGGUAAAAGAGGUGGAUUCAAUGUCUCCAGUCAUCUCCAAGGUGAACCAGUGAAGGAUUGGAGAGAGAUAAUGAUAUAUUUUUCAUACCCAAUUAACCAAAGAGACUAUUCAAGGUGGCCAAACAAGCCAGAAGGAUGGAAAGCAGUUACUGAGCAAUAUAGUGAGAAGCUAAUGAGUUUAUCAUGCAAGUUAUUGGAAGUUCUAUCAGAAGCUAUGGGGUUAGAAAAAGAAGCUCUAACAAAAGCAUGUGUUGAUAUGGAUCAGAAGCUUGUGGUGAAUUACUACCCAAAAUGUCCUGAACCAGAUCUUACUCUUGGGCUGAAACGACACACUGAUCCAGGCACAAUAACUCUGUUGCUUCAAGAUCAAGUUGGUGGUCUUCAAGCAACUAGAGAUAAUGGCAAGACGUGGAUCACUGUUAAGCCAAUUGAAGGUGCUUUCGUUGUCAAUAUUGGAGAUCAUGGUCACUAUUUGAGUAAUGGACGGUUCAAAAACGCUGAUCAUCAAGCAGUGGUGAACUCAAACUACAGUCGUUUAUCCAUUGCAACAUUUCAGAAUCCAGCACCAGAUGCAACUGUAUACCCUUUGAAGAUUCGAGAAGGAGAGAAAUCUAUGUUGGAGGAACCAAUUACUUUUUCUGAAAUGUACAGGAGGAAGAUGAGCAAGGAUCUUGAGAUUGCUAGGAUGAAGAAGCUGGGUAAGGAGGAAAAAGAACUCAUGGAACUACAGAAGGCAAAACAUGAAGCCAAGCCUCUUAAUGAGAUCCUUGCUUAG